AUGGCGUUUCCUGAACUCCUGGACCGAGUAGGAGGCCUGGGCAGGUUCCAGGUCCUUCAAAUCGUGGCUCUGGUGACCCCCAUCCUAUGGGUCACCAGCCAGAACAUGCUGGAGAACUUCUCAGCUGCCGUGCCCCGCCACCGGUGCUGGGUGCCUCUGCUGGACAACAGCACUGCCCAGGCAAGUGUCUCUGGGGACUUUGGGCCCAAUGCCCUCCUGACCAUCUCCAUCCCACUUGGCCCUGCUCUGCAACCCCAUCCGUGCCGUCGCUUCCGCCAACCGCAGUGGCAGCUUAUGGAGCCCAACACCACAGCCACCAACUGGAGUGACGGAGACACCGAGCCAUGUGGGGAUGGCUGGGUCUACGACCACAGUACCUUCACGUCCACAAUCGUGACCACGUGGGACCUGGUGUGUGAUUCCCAGGCCCUGAGACCCAUGGCCCAGUCCAUCUACCUGGCUGGAAUCCUGGUAGGAGCUGCAGUGUGCGGCCACGCCUCCGACAGGUUCGGGCGGAGGAGGGUGCUGACCUGGAGCUAUCUUCAGGCAGCUGUGUCUGGCACAACAGCUGCCUUCAUCCCCAUCUUCCCCCUCUACUGCCUGUUCCGCUUCCUGGUGGCCUUUGCAGUGGCAGGUAUCAUGAUGAACACAGCCAGUCUCUUGACGGAGUGGACAUCAGCCCAGGCCCGCCCCUUGAUGAUGACCUUGAAUGCCGUGGGCUUCAGCUUUGGGCAUAUCCUGACAGGCUCUGUGGCCUACGGUGUGCGCAACUGGAGGAUGCUGCAGCUGGCUGUCUCUGCCCCCUUCUUCCUCUACUUUGUAUAUUCAUGGUGGCUUCCAGAAUCUGCACGCUGGCUCCUUACGGUGGGCAAGCUGGACCAGGGCCUGCAGGAACUACAAAGGGUAGCUGCUAUAAACAGGAAGAAGGCAGAAGGAGACACACUGACCAUAGAGGUCUUGCGGUCAGCCAUGCAGGAGGAAGCGAGUGGGGACCAAACUCGUGCCAGGCUAGGCACCCUCCUCCACACGCCUGGGCUGCGCCUCCGAACCUGCAUCUCCAUGCUGUGCUGGUUUGCCUUUGGCUUCACCUUCUACGGCCUGGCCCUCAACCUGCAGGCCUUAGGAAGCAAUAUCUUCCUGCUUCAGGUGCUCGUCGGGGUUGUGGACCUCCCAGUGAAGAUAGGCAGCCUGCUGCUGCUCGACCGCCUGGGCCGACGUCUCUGUCAGGCCAGCUCCCUGGUGCUGCCAGGACUCAGCAUCCUGGCCAACAUACUGGUGCCCCAUGAGAUGGGGGUCCUUCGUUCGUCCCUGGCUGUGCUGGGGCUGGGGUCCCUGGGGGCUGCCUUCACCUGUGGCACCAUCUUGAGCAGUGAACUCUUCCCCACUGUGCUCAGGAUGACAGCAGUGGGCCUGGGCCAGGUAGCAGCCCGAGGGGGAGCCAUUCUAGGCCCUCUGGUGCCACUGCUCGGUGUCUACGGCCCCUGGCUGCCCCUGUUGGUCUACGGUGUGGUGUCAGUGCUAAGUGGCCUAGCUGCCCUGCUGCUGCCUGAGACCAAGAAUUUGCCACUGCCUGAUACCAUUCAAGACAUCCAGAAACAGUCAGUGAAGAAGGUGACACAUGACACAGCAGGCCAGUCCAUCCUGAGGUCUACAUGGCUGUAG